CCAUCACUAUCCGCUACAAUAAAUGGCGUCACCGUCAAAGACCCAACCCGCUACGUGAAUUUUUGUGUUUCUUGAGACAUUUACCGGGUGUUUUAAUCAAAUCCUUUUAUUGUCUUACCAAGUUAUUGUAAGGCAUCUCACACUGCUUGCAUUUGCUAUGUACAGCUCAUCAUAGGGAGAUAACCAAGUUUCUACCGUGAAAGUUACCAGACAAACAUGCAGACUAUCAAGUGUGUCGUGGUGGGGGACGGCGCUGUCGGUAAAACGUGCCUGCUGAUCAGCUACACCACAAACAAGUUCCCAUCGGAGUACGUGCCAACAGUGUUUGAUAAUUAUGCCGUCACUGUCAUGAUUGGUGGGGAGCCCUAUACAUUGGGUCUGUUUGAUACUGCAGGUCAGGAAGAUUACGACAGACUCAGGCCAUUAAGUUAUCCUCAAACUGAUGUUUUCCUGGUAUGCUUCAGUGUAGUGAGCCCCAGUUCAUUUGAAAAUGUUAAGGAAAAGUGGGUGCCGGAAAUCACUCAUCAUCAGCAGAAGACGCCGUUCCUCCUAGUGGGCACGCAGAUAGACCUCCGGGACGACCCCACGACGAUGGAGAAGCUGGCCAAGAUCAAACAGAAGCCGGUCUCGCUGGAGCAGGGGGAGAAAUUGGCGAAGGAACUGAAGGCUGUCAAAUAUGUUGAGUGUUCCGCUCUCACACAGAAAGGAUUGAAAAACGUGUUCGACGAGGCCAUAUUGGCGGCGCUUGAACCUCCAGAGCCUGUGAAGAAAAGGAAAUGCGCCAUUUUGUAAACGCGGCAUGCGGUCCGCCGCCAUUACACGCGGGACUCGGCAGUCGCUCUUACUCUAUGGAACGUGACGUCAUCGCUGCAAUUCUGAUUUCGAAUUUCCUUUUUUUCUUUACAACCAGCAACAUCGAGAACGCUGUAGAAAUCGAAUGUUUCCGGUACGUUCUGAUGCAAUAUUCUAUAAGCCACCGAUUGCGAACGUUUAUAUUUUAGAAUAUUGUAAUAAGUUGAUAAUUUGGUAUAUAAAUAUGUAUCAUUAAAUAUACUUUUAUUUUAAAUACAAAUGAUCUUUGAUGGUACAAAUAUAUACAGAAAAUUAAAAAAAUAACUUAGUAGCGCGAUGACGUCACGUUUCCUAAGCAAAAUGGCGACUGCUAAGCUACAACAUAACAAGUUAAGAUAACACUGUAAUAUUCAACUUAUUUUUAUAAAAUUAUAAUUAAUAUUACGCCAUAAUAAAAAAUAAUGAAUAUUACAGCUUUUUAAUACGUAUCAGUUGAGAUAUGAGAAUAUUUAACUCUACAUUUUCUCUUCAGGCCGUCUCUCAGUUUUCGAUUUAAUAUAUACUAAAAGGCGAUUUUGUACGCGCUGCUCAUAGAAUUUAUUUUAUUUAUGAUUAAGUCGUUAUUUGUAACCACAUAAUGCAUUCUAAUUAAUUAAAAAAAAAACAAACCUUAGUAAAAUGGAACUGAACUGAAGAUUAACUUUAUAAUCAUUAGUUUUUAUGAUUAAUAUAAAAUUUGCUUAUGCAGUGUUUGGAAUCUUAAAUGAUGUCAUGCACAAUAUAUGCUAUGCACAGUGCGAACUAUGCAUUUUGUAUUACUUGGUAAUAGUGAGUCCUCAGUCAUUUGUAUUAUUACAAGAGAUAGCUGUAUUUUGAUAACACAUCUAAGAGCUUUGGAAACUUCUGGUGGAAGUUUAUGAUAUUUGACGUUUAAUUACAUUAGGUAUAAACAAGUGAAUGUCAAAAACAAUACAACAGAGAUUCUACUAAAACACACUAUAUUUAACAGUCCCCUGAAGAUAAACCUCAUCCACCUUUUAUUUUAGUAUGAACAGGAGGUCGUGUUACGUUGCAGAUGACUGUACAUUUUUAUUUUCGUUUACGGAAUAAGCCUUCCAGCGAUAGUUACCAAAAAUGCAGCUACCUCUUAUACUGUAUCGGAUGUUCAGUGCGCGUGUACGCAACAGUUGGCCGGCGGGGUUAUUACGUAUAUUUGGCAAUCGGCGUUGCGGUGUCCUUUUGUAUGCUCUCUCGAGUGUUGACCACAGAGAGAGAAAAAUAAGUACCAUAGAGGUAUUAGGAGUGACUUGAGACGUGAGAUUGCGUUUUUGAACGUGAGCUGUAAACAAUUAAUUAGGGAAUAACCAUAUGGAGGGAGUUAUACAUUGUAUUUGUUUUUUUUUUUCAUUUUAUUAAAUGAUACAAAAUAGUAGUAGAUAAUAAUGCUGAUUUUAAUUUUGUUCCCAGACUUGUUCACGUUGAUUUGAAAUGGAUUUUUAAAUUAAUUUACGCUCUCUCCGUAAUAAUUCUAUUUAUUUAAGAAACAUCAAUUGGACAUAAAUUAAUGCUAUCAUAUGGCGAUUGCAAAUAUAAAAUGACCACGCCGUAUGUUCGUAUUUUUAAUCAUUUAUUUAUGUGUUCUUUAACUAUAUCACUAUUAUAUUAAGUCUUUAUGAUGUAAACGAAUAAUAUCUUCCUUUAUAAAAUAUAGUAAAUAUGGAUUGUUUUUCAGAACGCCAAUCAAUUACUAAUCUAGUCUAGUGUAACUAUUUUUCUACACUCGAAAAUAUUAGCAAUUUGAUUCCUUGCAUUGGUAAAUUCGCCAUCGUUUUUAUACAGAAUAUAACAUUAUUAUAUUAAUAGUGAUUUAUUGUUCAUCUAUCAAAGGAAUGCUUUUUUUAUCUUAAUAAACAUGUUACGAAACUCUGACUGAAUUAUAUACCUUCAUUCCAUGAUUGUGUUUGUAUUUCUGUUGAUUCGGUCUGUAUUGGAUCCCAUAAUUUUUUGUGGUAUAAUUUACAAAGAUGGUUUUGUCGCAUAAUCAUCAUUUGGCAUAACUUUCAUUAUAAAUUGUUAUGUAAAACGAUGUUUAUGCCAAAAAGUUGUAUGUAGUUUAUGAAUUACGCUAAUAAAAUUUAUGUAACCCAACGACCGUUCUGUAAAUAUAAAUAGAUUUAUGGUAAGAAAGGUGGUACGGAUUAGUGAUUUUUUUACUUUAUUUUAUUUUUGACCGCUAAUGUCUGAUUUUGAUUCGACAUGAUAUUCUUUAAUAUUUUAUGGAAUAUUGAUUUAUUUGAUAUAAAAAAAAGGUCAUUUGUCCUUACAUUGGAUGAAUCAUUAAAAAAAUAUGCUAUCGUUCAAUUAUAAAAUGUUAACAUUAAACUAGUUUUGCUAAACUAAUCAUAUUUCUUUCCAAAAAAACUUAUUAUGGAGGGGAAGGGCAAAUUUGAAGCUUUAGCAUUUCAUGAUAGGUCUUCUAUCGUCUCGAUGACUGCAAAUUACCCUAUUAAGUCAACGGCAAAGACAACCUUAUGGGCAGUACCUUGUGGGGUAUUUUCCCGGAGGGGUAGGCAGAGAUAAUUGAUAGAUUCUACAAGUUUGUGUCAGGAUUGAUAACAAAUCUGCCGUAGGUCAAGCAAAUACGCCAUAAAGCGAUUCUAUCUUAAAGCGAGCAAACGUUAUAGCGACACUUAGCAAAAUGUAUAUUUAUAAUGCUAAUAAAUUAUAUAUCCGGUUGCCUCUCUUAUAAUUUAAUGAACGCGUUGGACAGAUUUAAACGCCUAUCUUAAUCGUGUUGCUUGUAUACACCGAUGUCUGAAGUCAAAUGAGUUACUAUUUUUAAAACAAAAAAAAAAUCGUCACUGAUUUAUAUUUCCCAAGUGAAGAUUGGUCUAUGAAGGACCUGUUAUUGAAGAUGGAUGGUAUUUAUAUACUCUGGUAUUUACAUAUAUUUAUUUAAGAUUUAAACAUGAUCCAUUUCUACCAUAAGUUAACGCACAGGUGCACUUCAAGUGCCUAUUUUGAAAAGUUUGAUACAAAAUUGUCCAUUUGACAUGGUAGGAAUUUCAAAAUUUACAUACAUUAUUGAUGUAUGAAAUUAUAUUGUUCGCUUGCAAUUAUUUAAAGCAUUCUAUUAUCUCUGUCGAGGAGUAUAACGAUUUAAGUAACCAUUUCUUCAUACAAACGUAUUCGCCUGUUUUAUGUUUUUUUUUUAAUUUAAUUAAAAUCAAUAUUUCAGUUAUAAAAAUGUGAAAAUACGGGUAAUAUGUUUGUAUGACGAAUUUAACUGGAGUUUUCUCUUGCAAUUGCAAUCCUAAUGCAUUUGAGUAUUAGGACACAAAUAAAUUGUAAUAAAAAACGGUUUUAGUGUCAGGCGGAUUUUAUAAAAAUAGUUUUAAACUCUUAUGCGUAUUAAAAGUUACGGCGAUAGGUUGAACUAAAAUUUUUGCGAAGUUCUUUUCAAGUUCGUACGUACAGACGCCGGAUUUCUAUUGUAGCUACCUGUAAGUACAUGUCAUUGUACUCUGAGCGAAUCCUUGGCCCUGAGGCAUAAUGUGUUAAAUUCACUUAUAUUAAACAAUUUAUUUAUAAUUGUAUAAUUAUUGCUUGAGUAUCGAAAAGGAUGUGAGAUGUAUUGUUUUACCGCUACUUCGCUUUGGUGUAACAUUUGAACUUGACCGAUUUUUGUCGGUUAAAGAUUGAAGUAGUAAGUAUUACCAUGGUAGUCAUACUUACCCAGUUAACUUAUUACUUUAUGGAAUGAUUUACCUAUUAAAUUAAUCAGUCGGAACCACUGACUACCACACAAAAACCCGAAAUUUGUUUUUUUGUCAAAGGUAUAGUGAAAUAUAUGUACCACAAUAUUUUUUUAAAAUACGAAUCUAGGCUUUUCUGUCCCAUAGUGAAGUAUCCCCAUGACACUAAAACCCCAUACAAAUAUACUAACAUGUAAUUCAAAUUGUUUAUAAUAGGUACGAUAAAUUUAGCAUUUAUACGAAUUUUGAGACAAUGAUCAGUUCAGAAUUUUUAAUAUUUACUUUUAUAUAUUUUACUCCCUUUAGUAAGCGGGAAUUGUUCCCUUAAUAUUUGUCAUAUUACUAUUAUUAUUGGAUUUAUUAUAUUUCGUUUGUAUCCGUAAUUAGUUAUAGGUGUAUAUUGAAAUAAUAAAAUAAGAAUAAAGUAACA